CUGACUGGUUGGCAGGAAGUGUGAGUUCGGAGUGGCGUACUGUUGAUCCGGAACUGCAGACUUUCCUUGAGUAACCCGGCGUGAAACUUUUACAGAGUAAAUUUGCAACAAGAUGCUGAAGAAAUUUGACAAAAAAGACGAAGAAUCAGGAGGUGGUUCCAAUCCAUUUCAGAGUUUAGAGAAGAGUGCAGUACUUCAGGAGGCCCGAGUUUUUAAUGAAACACCACUGAACCCUCGAAAAUGCACUCACAUAUUGACCAAGAUUCUCUAUCUGAUAAACCAGGGAGAACACCUGGGUACCACAGAAGCUACAGAAGCCUUCUUUGCAAUGACAAAAUUGUUUCAGUCAAAUGAUCCUACCCUUCGCAGGAUGUGCUACCUGACAAUAAAAGAAAUGGCAAAUAUUGCUGAAGAUGUUAUCAUUGUGACCAGCAGCCUGACAAAAGAUAUGACUGGCAAAGAUGAUAAUUAUCGUGGACCUGCUGUCAGGGCCCUCUGCAAGAUCACUGAUAGCACUAUGUUGCAAGCAAUUGAACGUUACAUGAAACAGGCAAUUGUGGAUAAAGUACCCAGUGUGUCCAGUUCUGCUCUAAUUUCCUCCCUGCAUCUGCUGAAAAUGAGCUUUGACGUUGUGAAACGCUGGGUGAAUGAAGCCCAGGAAGCAGCUUCUAGUGACAAUAUCAUGGUGCAGUAUCAUGCCCUUGGCUUACUCUACCACAUCCGUAAGAACGAUCGUUUAGCAGUCAACAAGAUGCUUAGCAAAUUUACUCGUCAAGGGUUAAAGUCUCCUUUUGCAUACUGCAUAAUGAUUCGGAUCGCUAGCAAGCUGCUUGAGGAGGAAGAUGGAAGCAGAGACAGUCCCCUGUUUGAUUUUAUUGAGAGCUGUCUAAGGAACAAGCAUGAGAUGGUGAUCUACGAAGCUGCCUCUGCAAUUGUGAACCUGCCCAACUGCACAGCAAAAGAAUUAGCGCCCGCUGUUUCUGUUCUUCAGUUAUUCUGCAGUUCCCCAAAAGCAGCCCUGCGCUAUGCAGCUGUUCGCACACUCAACAAGGUUGCAAUGAAACAUCCUUCUGCAGUGACUGCUUGUAACCUGGACUUGGAGAACCUGGUGACUGACUCCAAUCGCAGUAUUGCUACUCUUGCAAUCACCACUCUCCUAAAAACUGGUAGUGAAAGUAGCAUUGACCGCCUGAUGAAACAGAUUUCUUCCUUUAUGUCAGAAAUCUCUGAUGAAUUUAAGGUUGUGGUGGUGCAGGCCAUAAGUGCUCUUUGUCAGAAAUAUCCACGAAAGCACUCAAUUAUGAUGAACUUCCUAUUCAGCAUGCUGAGAGAGGAGGGUGGCUUUGAGUACAAACGAGCAAUUGUUGACUGCAUUAUCAGCAUCAUUGAGGAAAACCCAGAGAGCAGGGAAACUGGGCUGGCGCACCUGUGCGAGUUCAUUGAAGACUGUGAGUUCACUGUCCUUGCUACAAGGAUUCUUCAUCUUCUAGGCAGAGAGGGACCUAGGACCAACAGCCCUUCCAAGUACAUCCGAUUCAUCUACAAUAGAGUUGUCUUAGAGAAUGAAGAAGUCAGGGCAGCUGCUGUGAGUGCCCUAGCUAAGUUUGGAGCUCAAAAUGAAGAUAUGUUGCCCAGUAUCUCAGUACUUCUGAAAAGAUGCAUGAUGGAUGAUGACAAUGAAGUAAGAGACAGAGCCACAUUUUAUCUGAGUGUACUGGAACAGAAGCAAAAAGCACUCGGUGCUGCUUACAUUCUGAAUGGGUUGACUGUGUCUAUCCCUGGCUUGGAGAGGGCACUACACCAGUACACACUUGAGCCUUUGGAGACCCCAUUCGACCUGAAAACUGUACCACUGGCGACAACUCCACUGGCAGAGCAGAGAACAGAAAUCACACCAGCAGCAACAAUUAAAUUACCAGACAAAGUACCAGCAACCAGGCAAGACAUUUUCCAAGAACAACUUGCAGCUAUUCCUGAGUUCAGAAACCUGGGCAGACUUUUCAAAUCAUCAGAUCCAGUGGCGCUGACAGAAUCUGAAACGGAGUAUGUUGUUCGCUGUACAAAGCACACUUUCCCAAACUGCAUUGUAUUCCAGUUUGACUGCACAAACACUUUAAGUGAUCAAAUUCUGGAGAAUGUGACAGUACAAAUGGAACCCAGUGAGGGAUAUGAUGUGCUUGCUUACGUUCCAGCUCGAAGCCUGUCAUAUAACCAACCUGGGAUCUGCUAUACACUGGUAUCAUUGCCUGAGGAAGACCCAACUGCAGUUGCUGGCACAUUCAGUUGCACAAUGAAAUUCCUAGUUAAGGACUGUGACCCAAACACUGGAGAAACUGAUGAAGAUGGAUAUGAAGAUGAGUAUGUGCUGGAAGAUGUAGAGGUGACUGUUGUUGACCACAUACAGAAAGUCCUAAAACCAAACUUUGGAGCUGCAUGGGAUGAGGUGGGCGAUGAGUUUGAAAAGGAAGAAACCUUCACUCUAGCAGCAGUAAGGACACUGGAAGAGGCAGUAACCAAUAUUGUCAAGUUCUUGGGACUGCAACCCUGUGAAAGAUCAGACAAGGUACCUGAGAACAAGAACUCUCACACACUGUAUCUGGCAGGUGUGUUCCGAGGUGGUCAUGACAUUCUUGUACGAGCUCGCCUGGCACUAACAGACAAUGUCACAAUGCUCGUUACAGCAAGAAGUACUGCUGAAGUUCCUGUUGAUGUCAUCAUGAGUUCUGUUGGCUAAAGCUCAAUCACACCACUUUUAGCAAUAUAUACUACUGCAUUAAUAAGUCAGUCAGUGGUUUCUUCCUACAAAAUCAGCUAGGACAUGGUUGACUGUGUUGCAGUCCCAAACCACUGUUGAUCUAGUCACUGAGCUUUUAUAUUAAUUUAAUGUCCUGUCUGUACAUCUUAAUAAUAAGUAACAUAAAGGAGUCAUUGCAGCUGCUUAUUUUAGAAAUGGAAACCCCGCACUGAGUACUUCAGAAUUUUAUUUUAUUGUGUAUUGUUUUGUAAGCUGUUUUUGACAAUGCUUCUGUAUAAAAUACAGAAAUAAUAAUGAAACAGUUUAAAAUGUUAAGCAGCCAUCUUUAUGUUAUGAGGAUCAUAAAUGUGUAUAAAAGCUUAAUCCCAGACUAUUGUAGUCAUUUUUUUGUUAAUAAAAUGUAACCUUACCAAACACUUGUGUUAAAAUUA